AACUUUUUACUUUUCAAGAGUCUUCACUUCAAUUCACUCACUAUCAGACAACCAUAACGGAACAAUAUCCGACGUUAGCCGUUUUCUGAUCUGUAUUUCUUAACGGCAAUAUUGCCUAUUUGCGUUUGAUUACUCUUCAUCACUUUCGAAGACAACAUGGGCAAUCCCCAAAUACAGCGAAUUGCACCUGAAGGUAUACAAUCGGAUAGUCCUCCAAGCCCAAAACUAGUUAUUUUGGACAACAAAAAAAUGAGUCAAACUAAGAUAUCAAUUGGCUCUCCUAAGAGCUUGAAAACAGGUGAUGAGAAUCCAAAACAUGAUGGUACUUCUCCAAGCCCUUCAAAAACUGGAAGAUCUCCAUCUUCUCCAAAAUCAAGUCCCACAAAAUCUCUUUCUAUUACUGAAAGACUUGCUCAAUCAACUCGUGGUAAAUCAUUAAGCCCUAAAAGCCCUGUUACAAAAUCACCUCCUGCUAUUCCAAAUGCUCUUAAUUCAUCAAAAGUUGAAAAUUCUAAAGAAUCUUCAGAUCAAAACACACAGUCAGAACAGACUAAUGAUGUCAGAAAAGAUAAAGUGUCUAACAAUUCUGUGGAAUCUAAUUUAGAAUAUGAACAACUUGCUAACAAACAGAAUGAAUCUGUAACUGAAAAUAGCUCAAAUGAAUUGAAAGAUCGACUGGCUCCUGGUGAAGAAGUACCAGAAAUUAAUAAAAGAAAUGAUAUCCAUGAUGAAAAAGAAACUAAAAAAACUAUAAGCGAUGAACCUACCAAACCCCAACGAAUUGAUAAUAGUAUUAUUAUGGAAUUAAAAACUAAAAAAGAAAUUCGUCAAAAAGUUUGGGAGUUUUUGGAAGAAAAUUCAUUGGUUGUCUUUCCCAAACCUUGUUUCAAUCGUAUUCCUAAUUUUAAAGGAUGUAUCAAUGUUACACAGUCAUUAGAAAAGUUGGAAGAUUUCAAGAAAGCCAAAACUAUACAAGUUACUCCUGAUAAAGCUCAAGAAACCGCACGUUUCUUGACUUUAAGUUGGGGUAAAAGACUGUUGGUUCCAUUACUUCGUUUAAAAGAAGGAUUGUUGCAAUGUGUUUCUUUACCAUUUGCUGAACCUUCAGCUAAAAUGUUACGUUCAGCUAGCACACAAAAAGGGUUACGAAAAUGGGGAAAUAAACUAAUAACUCUUGAUCAAAAAAAUGAAGAUGUUCCUCAUAUUGACAUGAUUGUUUUAGGAUCUGUUGCUGUUGAUAAGAAAGGUCGUAGGAUUGGUAUUGGUAAUGGUUUCUGUGAUUUAGAGUUUGUUAUAUUAAAUUCUAUGAAUAUGGUGUCAGAAAAUACUGUAAUUGUUACAGUUGUUCAUGAUGCACAGGUAUUUGACGAACUUCCAGCUGAUAUUUUUAUGCCAUACGAUGUACCUGUUGACAUCAUAAUAACUCCCAAUGAAAUAAUUCGUGUUGAAAAUCGUCUUGAUCGCCCAAAGGAUAUAUUUUGGAAAUAUAUAUCCAAACGUCGUUUAUUGGAAAUGCCUCCAUUACAACUUUUGCGUACCAGACAAGAAGCUGAUAGCAAUAUUGACUGCACACUCAAAGAAGUUGAUAGUGAUCCUGAAGAAAUACCUCCAUCGCCUAAAACAUUCAAAAAAACAAAAAGUUAUCGUCACCGACGAUCAUAUUCUGUACGUUCUGAAACUAAUGAUUCUGUUUUUAAAGACUCUGAAGUGUCUAAGCAUCGAUCUAUCUCAAGACAACGAUCAGCUUCUACUAAGGACUCUAGAACUAAUCGGAAACGUACUAAGUCAACUUCAAGUCAACCGAAUCGUAGCAGUUCCAUUGUGAGACAAAAUAAUAAAAAUAAUAAUGAAAAAGAUCGCCGUUCUUCAAAAAAGAAUAAUAAACGUAGAACUAAAUCAGAAUCUGCCAAAAAUGGUUCUCCUGAAAAUGAUUCUAAAAACUCAAAUGGUUUACCAGAAGAUUCCCCUUCUACUACAACACCUAUUAAAGGAAAACGUAGAUCUCGUCAAAAGCCACGUCGACGUAAUGUUGUAGAUGAUGAAAAACAAGCUAACUAUCAGUCAAUUCCAAAAACUAAAGGAAACAACAAGCAUAAAUCACGAAGUACUUCACGUUCUGCUAAAUAUGAUUAUGUUGAUCGUCAGGAUUAUAGUCGUGAUAUGUCGUUAAGCCGAAAAGCUCAUCGUGAAUAUGUUCAAAGUCCAAAGCAUUAUUAUUCACGCCGUGAUGCUUAUUCUCAAGAACGUCAGCCUAGAAAUAAUUCUAGAGUCCCUAGACGUGAUAUGUCUAAUAGAUCAAAUGGUUUUCCUCAAAACAGAUACACAAAUGGGCCUGUAGUUCGUAAUACUAGAUAUUUCAGUGGACCAAUGAUUCGCCAAAAUAGUUACAAUACAACAAUAUCUCGUCAAAACAGCAACAAUCCAAUUGUACGGCAUAAUAGUUUUUCUAAUGAUCAUAUGUCUCGUCAAAAUAGCUUUUAUGAUGGUUCUAUUUCUCGUCGUAACAGUUUUUCUAAAGGUAGUGUUAUUCGGCAAGAAGGUUUUACCAACUCGAGAGUUUUUAGACCACCACAUUACCGAAAUGGAAUGUCUCCUCAAACAAAUGAUGAACAUAGAGAUUACCGAGAAUCUAGACCCCGUUACAAUAAUAACCGCAUUGGGUACUAUAAUUCUAAUGAAAGGUCAAACUACUCUAGAAUUAAUAAUGGAGAUGAAUUUGUACUUAAAGUAGGAAAUAUUGCCAACAAUGUUAGAGUACGUGAUUUAAAAGCUGCUUUGAUGGAACGUGGUGUAAAGCCAUUACAUAUUACUUGGAGAGGCCCAAGGGGUUUUGCAUAUUUACGUUAUAACAACUCUGAAGAUUUAAACAAGGACAAUGUUAUUGGAUCAUUGCAAAAUGUACGCAUUAAACCCAAUGGUGUUGAAACUGCUCAAACUCAGACUCUCAUUGUUACUGAAUGUUAAUUGUUAAAAUUCUUAGUAUAAUACUGAAUGCUAAUUGUUAAAAUUCUUAGUAUAAUACUAAACACCUUUAUUGGUAAAUUUCUUAAAUACUCUUUACUUCAUUCUUUUUAAUUUUUAAAUAAGAAAAAUUUAUCUUAAUGAAUAAUUUAACAAUUUAAUCUUCUAUCUUCAACAUGCUUACUUUUAUUUUUUAUUUGGUUUUUUCUUUUUUAAGCUCUAAAUGUUGAUUUAAUUAGUUAAUUGCAUAGAAAAUUUAUCUAAAUACCUGAAGUAUUAAAAUAAUAUUGUAUUUUGACAUUUUUUGAAAAAGUGUUUAACUAUGUGACUGUUACAUUAACUUAAAAAAUUGUAUUGUUUUAAAAUUUAUCAUCUUAACUUCUAAGAAUAUUUGUCUAUUUGGGCCUUAAUUUAUUUCUAAUCUUAAUGUUAAUGACAUAUCUUAUUUAAAAUUAAACAUUUACCUUUACAA